AACAACAACAACAACAACAGGCACCGCGUUGACAACAGCAGCAACAACAACAGCAACAACAGCAACCGCAACAACGCAUGCGUAACUGUUGUUGCCUCUGCGCUCUUCUUCACUGCCGCCGCCGCCGCCGGCGACGACGCCUUCUUCUUCGUCUUCUUCUUCUGCUUGCGCCUGGGAUAUAAAGCAGUUAAAUCCAUCCGUCUGAGAGAUUGGGGGAGAGAGAAAGGAGAUACGCACACAUCCUGCGCCUGGAUUGUCAGCCACACUACAGAGCAAAAAAGGGUUGGUGCUGCAUUUGGUAUUCCCGCUGUCAUUUGACAUUUAUGUCGCCUGCUUCUGGGAGAUAAGCGGCACUAGGAUCGUGGGAUUGGCAACGCUGCAGCAGUGGAGCUGGAGGAUUGCCGCCAUGGCAUCGUCGUCGAGAGGCAAGCGGCAGGCGAGCAAUCGCUGGAUGCUGUUGCUGGUGCACGGCCUGUUGGCGCUGGCCGUGCUGCACAUGCACAGCCUGAGGGCGGGCGGGGUUGAGGCGCUGCCGAUUACCUCGCGGCCCAUCGAGGGCAAUGCCCAGAAGGACGCGUGGGAGGCGUGGCUGCGCCUGCCCUACGAACAGAAAUCGCUCGAGAAGCAGAAGAAGGUGAUGCCCAAGUCCAUAUUCGCGCUGCCCUUCCGCCACUGUCCGCCGGGACACAAGCUGUACAACGAGCGCUGCAUCUCGCAGACCAACAUCGAUCCCACCGAUCUCGUUGCGCAGGAGCUGCAGGAACAGCUGGGCUACGGUGGUGGCGGCGGUGCUGCUGGUGGUGCCGGCGGUGGCCCCACGGCAUUCACCGACUACGACUACAGCGACAACGAGAGCGACGAGCUCAUCUACGAGAUGCCACUGGGGCCGCUCAUUCUGUCCGAUCCGCUGCCCACGCUGCCCACAAGUGGUGCCAGUGGUGCCGAGGACCAGGCGCUGCCCAGCGAGGAUGCACCACUCAAAUUCAAUAUAUUUGAAAAGAAGUUUCCCACGGCAUCGGAGUCUGAUGUUGUCAAUACAACGACAGCAACAUUGCCAUCGAUUGCAACGGCAACGGCAACAGCAACAGCAACGGCAACUACCACGCCCACACCCACAAUAGCAACGAUGCGCGAAGACGCCCUCAAGGCGCAGCAGAGGCCGAAUAAUCGCAUUGCCGAUAGCGACCAAGAUCUGCAGGCUGAUGCGAGCAGCGCUCUGCCAAGCACGACAAGCCUCAGCAUAUCCAGCAGCAGCAGCAGCAGCAACAUUGGCUCCUACGGCGACAUUGGCCAUAUCGAUGCCAUUGUUGUGCCAGCGGGCGCGUCAGUGGACACAGAGCCAACGGUGCAGCUGGUGACAAGUUCGAUGCGCACUGAGCCCAAGGCGAAGCCGGAUGCGAAGCCCAAUGCGGGGGCGCAAUCGGAUUCAGAGCCCGAAACGGAGUCGGACUCAGAGUCAGAGUCAGAGAGCGCCGCCGAGACGGUGGCUGAGGCUGAGGCAGAGGCAGAGAUCGAAACGGACCUGGAGCAGCUGCUCAAGGUCGACGCCUUUCUGCCGGCCUACGGCAGCAGCGUCGAUACGAUGCCGCAGUUCAGUCAUCGUCGCGUCUCGCCGCUCAGCGCCGAUCUGGAUGCUGACGAUUCAGCGACGGAUAUUGUGCCAACCACAGCAGAGCGCGAUGCCGAUGCAACAACAGCAACAGCAGCAACAACAACAACAACAACAACAGCAACAGCAACCGCAACAACAACAGCAACUACAUCAGCAACCACAUCGUCGGCUACGCCCACAACACCAACACGAGCACAAGAACAAGAGCUAGAUGUGCCUGUGUUGAAAAAAUCGAAAGUGCAACCGGUUCAGUUAAGCUCAACCACAACAACUGCAGCAACAGCAACAGCAACAACUGCAGCAACAGCAACAACAGCAACAACAGCAACUGACCGGUUUUAUUAUCAGCAUUUGAACAGAAAUGUUGCUGCCAUUGGCAGCAGAAGUAGCAGCAGCAGCAGCAGCAGCAGCAGCAACAGCGACAGCAGCAGCAGCAGCAGCAACAAUGCUGACAACGACUUGGAUGUGCUGAACGAUAUGGCAUCCAGUGACAAUUUAAUGACAAACACAAUCGGCGGCCAGGGCGACAGCGAGCGGGCGGCAAGUGAAAUUAAUUUUGAACAAGAAUUGCGCAUUAUAAACGAACUGGUUAAGGACAAGCGGCGAUUAUCGCAGCUGCGACAACAGCAACACGAGCAGCAGCCGUCAACGACAGCGACAACGACAACGACGACGACAACAGCAGCAACGAUCAUUGAGAGUGGCUCGGAUGCGUCUAGCACUCCAGCGGCAGAGGCAACAAAUUUUUGGUCUAGCCUCAUGCCAAUGCUAAGCCAGACGUCGACAGAAGCAACAGCAGCAACAACAGCAGCAACAACAGCAGCAACAGCAGCAACAGCAGCAACAGCAACAACAGCAACAAAUGCUGCUGCUGCUGCUGCUGCUGAUAGCUCAACAACAGCAACAACAACAGCAGCAACAGCAGCAGCAACAGUUGCUGACACCACAAGAAGCACACAACAGCAAUUAAGUAUUAAUACAAAUCGUAGCAAUAGAAAUAGUAAAAUAAUUAGAGUAGAUAGCUUAGGCGCGAGUCCAGAGCCAACAGCAGCAGCAGCAGCAGCAACAGCAACAACACCAGCAGCAGCAGUAGCAACUACAACAGCUACAGCAGCUACAGCAGCAACAACACCAAACGAUGAGAAUUACACGCCCUUCUGGUGGUUGCCCAGCAUUGGCUGGCGUGUCGAUCGUCAGGUGGACGAGAAGGGCGAGGAUCGUUCGCUCUUGUUGCGCAUCUUCAGGACGUUUCGUGGCAGCGACAGCAGCACAGCAGCAACAGCAGCAACUACAACAACAUCGCGCCGCUAG